CACUACGCCAUAUGAUAAAUAAUACUCGUGAUUAUAUUUCUCAGUGGAUCUGUUCAGUUACUGCUUCAGUUGCUUUAAGAAAAUCCUGAAUAUCAGAACAUUUUCUUCUCUCAUAAACUCUAUAAUGUCAACUUAGAUUGUAUUUUACUUUUCAUAGCAAAUGCUUGACGAGUGACUUGAACUAAGAUCGUGUAUUGAAACGGAAACAAUUACGUCGUGGAAGAAUUGUGAUAAUAGCUUAAAAUCCUACUUAUAUCAUUAUAUUCACUAUAUUUUAUUUCUUAAUAGUAUUGUAUAGUUUUGGACACUUUCGAAUAUACAAUACUAUAAAAAAAAUUGGCAGUUGGAUUAGCAGAAUCGUUAGGUCGACUCACAUUCUUAUAAUACAUCCUAGAUGUAAGUGGAAUUGUAAUAGAAACAUAAUAGUACACAAGUGAAUGCCAUCAAUUUAGAAUUCCAAUUCACUCUAUACCCGAAGAUCAAAUUCACUAUUUUUGUACUGAGUUAAAUCUAAAGACUUUUUCUUUUACUGUUAUUGUUAGUUGGAUAUCUCAGUUGGUCGAGCCUGAAGACAUCUAACCCUAUGACCCUCUCGGGGGACAGGGGUCCAAGAAAGUGGAUGGAUGGAUUAAUAAAGAUAACGCAAGACAGGAAGAGGUUACUCCAACAAGAAGAAAGCAGGAAGACUUUUAAAUGGAGUUAUCGUUCUUCAAACUUGACGUUGAGGCAGCGUGGAGAGGAAGUUCAUUAAUAACAAUAUAAACAUGGAAAACAAGGAUUUCCAAGCAUCUGAACUCGGUACUAAAGAAUAUUGGGAAAAUGCCUAUAGACAAGAAUUUACAAAUUUUGAGGAUAAUGGUGAAACUGGAGAAGUUUGGUUUGGACAGACGUGCCAACAAAAUAUCAUUGAAUGGAUAAAAAUCUGCAAAGAAAUAAAACAUACUGAUGCUAUAGUUGAUUUAGGCACUGGAAAUGGAUUCUUUCUGAUAACUUUGGCUGAGCAGGGGUUUUCAUGUCUCACUGGUUUGGACUAUUCUGAAAAUGCUAUAACCUUUGCCAAAGCAGUUGCUAAAAACAAAAAUAUUAACCAUAUUACUUUUGAGCUUCAAAAGAAAUAUCAAGUAUGCCAUGAUAAAGGUACAUUUGAUGCUAUUUCUUUGAUGCCAGGAGAAUUUGAGCAUUUUAAAAAUGCUUACAUUGCAGCAGUAAAACAAAUUUUGGUAGACUCAGGCAUUUUUAUUAUAACUUCAUGUAACUGGACUGAAAAACAGCUGCUAGAACAUUUUAAAGGAGAUUUUCAUCUAAAAGAAGUCAUUCCAUCACCAAGUUUUCAGUUUGGAGGAUUAUCAGGUUCUAAAUACACUACACUAGUUUUAAUAAAAUAAUAUCUAUAAAUUUG